UAUCUUUAUUGUAUUACUUUUAAAGUAUUAUAUACAUAAAUACUAAAUUAUUGAUAUAUUGUGUUUAUCGUUUUAGAAUUGAAAACAUGAGCUCUGGUAGACCCAUCAAAUGUGUUGUAGUAGGAGAUGGAACAGUUGGAAAAACGUGUAUGUUAAUAUCAUACACUACAGACAGUUUUCCUGGAGAAUACGUACCAACUGUAUUUGAUAACUAUUCAGCACCCAUGGUCGUUGAUGGAAUACCAGUAAGCUUAGGACUUUGGGAUACAGCAGGUCAAGAAGACUAUGAUAGACUUCGACCACUCUCUUAUCCACAGACCGAUGUCUUUCUUAUAUGUUUUUCUGUAACGAGUCCUUCAUCAUUUGAAAAUGUUACUAGUAAAUGGUAUCCAGAAAUAAAACACCACUGCCCAGAUGCACCAAUGAUACUUGUUGGAACUAAAAUAGAUUUAAGAGAUGAUCGUGAAACUUUAACUGCCUUAGCUGAACAAGGACUAAGUGCUAUCAAAAGAGAACAGGGACAAAAAUUGGCUAAUAAGAUUCGUGCUGUCAAAUAUAUGGAAUGUUCCGCUUUAACACAACGUGGAUUAAAACAAGUAUUCGAUGAAGCAGUACGUGCAGUUUUAAGACCUGAACCACAAAAACGCCGACAGAGAAGAUGCAUUAUGUUAUAAAUUAUAUGAAGAAAAUGGAAUCUCACUGAUCUAGGUAAACACACACUUAUAUGAAAUGACAGACUGAAAUUAGUUUGAUCAAAAAAGAAAUGAAAAAAAAAAAAAAAAGAAAAGGAAGGAUACGUUAGUAGAGAUGUAUUAAAAAGAAGAAAAAAGAUAGCAGCGUAUACUAUUUAAUCAAUUUUUCUGGCAGCUGCAGAGUUCACCGUGUUACAAAUAAAGUACAAUUUACAACUUCCUGGUCCUAAUGUAAGUUGUAACAUUUAAAAACAUACAAACAAACAAACAAACAAGACUUGAAAGUUUAGACAACGAGAGAAAGUAUAAAUAUUAUAAUCAUUUUACAAGGUUGUUUACUUAUUAAAUCCAUAGAACAAACAAUUUUCUUACUAUCUUUAACGUGAAGAGAAGACAAUUUUUUAAAUUUAUAUACGAUAUUAUAUUUAUAUCGGUGAACUAGUCGAUACGACGAUAAAUAGAGGAGGAAAAAAAAAAAGAAAACGAAAAAAAAACCAAACAAACAAACAAACAAAUCACGAGAAAGAACGAUUUAAACAACAGAUAGCUUUUUCAAUUUAAUUUUGCACAGUAGUGUUUUUUUAUUGAUUAGAAAAUAUACUCAAUUAAAUUAUUAUGAUAUUGCGUGAAUGUGUUGUGUCUGUCGAAGGUAAAAAAGAAAGAUAUUAAAAGAAAAAAAAAAAAAA